AUGCCGUUUAAAAACGCCGCAGCCCACAAUGAUUCCAAUACUUUUCAUUCUGCUAUGAAAGGAAGCAGCCGCAGGAUAAGAGGACGCAGUUCUCAAAGGGGCGGUGUUUCGAGAGCAGCUUCGGUUAACUUGCGCCUAGAAGGACUUCCAGGCCCUGGUGUUAUAAACGAAGUCGUUCAAGGGACGGAAUCACCGCAUCCACACUCCAAGGCACUGUCACAGCUCACUCAGAUAUCGAGCAUUCGCUCACCCAUCAGAAAUGCUGGGCCUCAAGAUUAUUUUCACAUUAACUCUCAAGGCUCUUCCCCCACGAAGUACGGCAGUACAGACCAGGGCCGUAAUGGACAGGAAUCUGAGGCUAGCCUUUAUAGUGAGAGCACACAGCCGCCUUAUUUAUUUCCAAAAUUUCGCAACUUGACUGAAACUCUCAAUUCUGAGACCUUGCUACCUCGCAAUUACUAUGAUGAUUUCACCAGUGUGGACUGGGUCAAGGACUACCUUUAUGAUGUCUGGCAAAAGCAGCAAAUGUCAGCUUUGAGGGGAUUUACUGGCAAGUUAAAAAGGGUAUACGGAAAUGCUCAGGACUGGGUACUUAUUACAGUGGUUGCUUUUAGCUGUUCCCUUUUAGCAUUUUUCAUAGACAAGGCCGAGGAGCUUUUGGUUGACCUAAAACGAGGUUACUGUAAAUCAAACUUUUUUUUCAAUCAGCAACAGUGCUGUGCCAGUUAUACAUGUGCAAAUUGGAAAUUAUGGCCUGAAGCUCUUAGAUUCCUUCAUGGUGGUGUACUGCGUUCUGAUUUUAUGGUUUACACAUUCCUUAGCCUGAUAUUAGCGCUCUCGGCAGCGAAAGUCACAUUGACGACGAAAUAUAUCAACCCCUUGGCCUUUCAAACCGAUAAGAAGAUAUUCAAAACAAUGUAUCAUGCUUAUGGUAGCGGAGUUCCUGAGGUUAAAACAAUUCUUUCGGGUUUCAUCAUAAGAAAAUUUUUGGGCACUUACACACUCUUCUCAAAAUCAAUCGCGUUAGUUCUUGCUAUUGCGUCAGGAUUGUCUUUGGGCAAGGAGGGACCAUAUGUUCAUCUUGCUACAUGCGUUGGAAACAUCGUUAGUAGACAAUUCGCAAAGUUCAAACUUAACGGGAUUGAGAGGCGCGUAAUACUGUCAGCCUCUGCUGCUGCAGGUGUCACUCUGGCAUUCGGUUCCCCGCUUGGUGGCGUCUUAUUUUCACUUGAAGAAGUCAGUUAUUUUCUACCAGGAAAUCAGCUCUUCAAAACCUUCUUUUCUGCUAUUAUGGCAAAUUUAUUUUUGCGCCUACUGAACCCUUAUGGGACUGGGAAAGCAGUUUUAUUUGAGGUCAAGUACUCUUCUGACUGGCAGACUACAGAACUUUUUUUGGUCACAAUCAUCGGUGCUAUCGGUGGCGUGUUCGGAGCCUACUUUUGCAAGUUCGCGUCUUUUUGGGGAAGCUGGUUCAGGAGCAAAAGCUUUAUUCGUGAAAAGCAUCUCCGGGAAGUUGCGUUAAUAGCUCUUUUAACAGCAGCGCUCACAUUUCCCAAUUCUUAUACGAACAUCUCAGUUGCAGAACUACUGGCAAACCUUGCGUCGCCGUGCUUCUCUCCUGACGACUUCACCGGAAAACAUGGACUAUGCCCAGUUGAUAGAAAGUCAUUUCCAAGUGAGAUCGUUCCCCUUUCUUACGCUCUUAUUGUCAAAAUUGUGCUAACUAGCAUAACAUUUGGAGUCAAGGUCCCUGCGGGUAUAUAUGUGCCUUCGAUGGUGAUAGGUGCCUUAUUUGGAAGGAUUUUUGCAACAUGGUUUGAACACCUAGCAAGUCUCUAUCCCAACUUUUUUGUUUUCACUCAAAUUUGCAACAAAUCAGGCUUAGAAGGCGUUUGCAUAGACAUGGGGAUAUAUGCCAUGAUUUCUGCCGGAGCUUUUAUGGCUGGCGUCACUAGAAUGAACGUGACCCUUGCGAUCAUUAUCUUUGAAUUAACGUCUUCUUAUAAUUAUGUGGUGCCAAUAUCAAUUGCUAUCGCUGUCUCAAACUUAGUUGCGCAUGUAAUCGAGCCACAAUCCCUUUAUGAGAUGCUUAUGAGAAAGAACGACCUGCCCUUUUUGGAUAAUCGAAAGGUUCGCGACUUUAGGAACCACGAUGGCUUGAGAGAAAUAGUUUCGACAUUGAAACAAGGCAAUGGGAACAUUUACGUCAACCUCAGUGAACAAAAAGCCUUUUCAUCUGCAGUCCUUAGAGAACACUUGAGCAAUCUUCAAAAGGAGGGCCUCGUUGAUGGUUGCAUACCCAUAAUUAAUAAUGGUAAGUUGGCUGGCGUCUUGCCGGCUCCGGAACUUGAACUGGCAUUGGAUAAACUCAAAUGCUUCGCUGAUGAGUUCAAAUUAACUCAGGACUUGAAGGUUCGGUUAUUAGAGGUUGAUACCAGCAUUCCCAGCAGGGGGGGUGAUAAAAACUUUACCAGCCCCAUUGAAUCUUUUCCAAAUCUCACUAGUCAAGAAGAAUGGCUUGCUGUUAAUGAAAUUCUUGAGAAAUUAUGCGAUUUGACACCCAUUGUUGAGAAGUUCCCUAUAAUGCUAGACCUCAACUCUUCUCCUUCGCUAGUGGAGCUUAUAUUUACUAAGUUGGGCAACCGAUUCAUAUCAGUAUUAGACGGUGAUGAGUUCGUGGGCUUAGUUCACAGAAAACACUUCAUUGACUAUUGUCGAGACAAGGCUAUACUUUAG